GCCGGAAGGCCCCAGGUCGCUGCCUUCGCCCCGGUGGGGAAUGGAGAUGGCGCAUCUGGGGUUUGAGCUGAGCCCCAGCCCUCAUAAAGGGUGGCUUCAGCCUUUUAACCGUGCGAUCAAGGAAAUAAAGACCCCAAAUGCUUCAGUUGCGGUGCAGAUCGGCGCAAAUCAAUCAAAUGUCUCGCACCGUGGGUAAAGAUUCCCAAAAAGUUACUUCCCCAGACGGCUGGUGCGGUGCCCGUGUUUCGGAACUGUUGUACAGUUAAAUUAAUUCCUCCGAAAUUACCCCCAGCGUUGCUGGUCCGGACUAAACGUUUGGUAAUGAAGGAAUUUGGGUGAAUCGCCUUGCGCCGCACACACCUGUGCCGGCUCACUUAGCAAAAUACACUCUUGAGCAUCUGGUACUUGACCCAGCAACAGACAGAAGUGUACGUUUGGGCACAGACAGGACAGUUGAAAGACAGCCGGAGAGCGAGGCCGUCCGGUCUGAAAAUCUCGGACUUGAUGCCUGUUCUGGCCGUUGGGACUGCUGCUGUUCUUUCGUUUUCAGCGUUUGUUUUCCAACUUUGGAACCCUUAAGAACUAAACUGAUAGAGAGCAGCGAUCUCCAAAAGUCAUCUGGAAACAUCUCUGAAUAUUUGGAACAGUGUGUAAGCAGCUAAAGAGAAACUAACAAAAAAAAGUAAAAUGAAUAAUUGAGGCAGGUUUCUGUGUGUCACCACUUUCUAUCCAGAAGUUGAAGAAUCUUCCUUUGAAUUUAAGGAUUUUGUGUUUUUAAUAAGAGAUGACCUUUCAAUUUAAUUUCGCUAUAGAAGACCAUCUGGAAAAUGAAUUAACACCCCCUGGAGUUGCAGCAGUGACUGUGGGUUCCUCAAAAGAGUUGUCAGUCUCAAAAAGUCAAAAGGAGAAACAGAAGGACUUGGCUCCAGCUCCAGUGUGGGAACCUAAGUCAGUGGGGAACGCAGUUUCCUGUCAACACACAGACAACCUAUGCAGUGCGACUGACAGUUCAAGGCUCUUGGAGCCACAUGAAAAGCAGUGCUGCUUGAGAGUUGCCAAAGAGCAUGUUAUGCCCACAGAUGUAAAGAAAGUGUUAAAAAAUAAAGUCAUAGACACUGUACCAGGUCUCCAGAAUGUCAGCCUGUCAGUAGUGAAGACCACCUUGUUGAAGGAGAGCUGCCCUGGAGAAAACAUAGUUUCAAAGAGCUUUUCUUGUCACUCUGAUCUGAUUACAGGUGUUUAUGAAGGAGGCUUAAAAAUCUGGGAAUGUACCUAUGACCUCCUGGCUUACUUCACAAAGGCCCAAGUAAAGUUUGCUGGCAAAAAAGUGUUGGAUCUUGGCUGUGGAUCAGGGUUGCUGGGUAUAACUGCAUUCAAGAAAGGGGCCAAAGAAGUUCAUUUUCAAGAUUAUAAUACGAUGGUGAUUGAUGAAGUAACCUUACCUAAUGUAGUGGCUAACUGCACUUUGGAAGGUGAAGAAAAUGAUGUAAAAGAGCCAGAUGUGAAAAGAGGGAGGAAUUCAAGAAUAGCAGAAGAGCUAUGCAAAUGCCGGUUCUUUUCUGGGGAGUGGUCUGAGUUCUGUAACUUUGUCCUGAGCAGUGAGGAACUCUUUGUAAAAUAUGACCUCAUUCUCACUUCAGAAACCAUUUACAAUCCAGAUUACUAUAGUACUUUGCACCAAACAUUCCUUAGACUGUUGGGAAAAAAUGGACAGGUGCUUUUGGCCAGCAAAGCACAUUAUUUUGGUGUAGGUGGAGGUGUUCAUCUGUUUCAGAAGUUUGUAGAAGAAAGGGAUGUAUUUGAAACUAGAACACUUGAAAUCAUUGAUGAAGGACUAAAGAGGUUCCUAAUUGAGUUGACUUUUAAGUGCCCUAAUUAGUGUUCACUGGAUGUCCUAAGUGAAAUAAACAGAUUGACAAAAACA